AGAGAGAAAUGAAUAGACUUUUGAGUUACUUGGAUACAGCACUCCUGAAAUUUUCUCAACAUUUUGAUGACACUUCCUCAACUUUGGAUCCUAUGGUUAAUGAUGCCAAUUGGUUCAGGAAAAUAGCUUGGAACUUAGCUCUGCAAUCUGAGAAGGAUCUAGAGAAAAUGAAAAACUUUUUCAUGAUUUCUUAUAAGCUGUCCCUUUUUUGUCCUUCGGAUCAAGGACUACUGAUUGCACAGAAAACAUGUUUACUUGUAGCAGCUGCAGUUGAUCUAGAGCAAGGAAGAAAAGCUACAACAACUUAUGAACAGAACAAGUUACUAAGAAUGGCACUUGAGCAGAUCCAGAAAUGCAAAAAUGUUUGGAAUCUCCUGAAGCAAACAGGAGAUUUCUCAGGUGAUGACUGUGGGGUAAUGCUUCUGCUGUAUGAAUUUGAAGUUAAAACCAAAACCAAUGAUCCAUCCCUGCACAGCUUUCUGCAAUCAGUUUGGAAGAUGCCUGGUUUAGAAAGCAGAACACUUGAAAUAAUGGCAUCACUAGCUAUGGAUAAACCUGCACACUAUCCUACUAUUGCACAGAAGGCCUUGAAAAAACUUUUAUUGAUCUAUAGAAGGAACGUGCCAAUUAACGUUUUGAGAUACAGGAAAAACUCAUUGUAG